AUGGCUGUUGACAAGAUCAAACCCUUCAACGACCCCCGGGUCCAGCUUCGUUCAACCGUCCUCAAUGGCCUGACCUACGGUUAUCUAUACUCUGAACCUCUUCCGUCUGUCGUUCGACGAGGAACAGUCCUUCUUGUUCAUGGAUUCCCCGAUCUUUCAUUUGGGUGGAGAUAUCAAAUUCCAUUCUUGACAUCGCUAGGUCUGACUGUCAUUGCACCGGACUGCGUAGGAUAUGGCCGGACGGACUCUCCUCGACACACCUUAUCCGACUAUGGAUACAAGCGCGCAGCCGACGACCUGGCCACGCUGUGCCAGCAACUCGAUCUAGCACAAAUCGUGCUGGGCGGUCACGACUGGGGCUCAGCCGUUGCGUGGCGCAUGACCCAGUACUACCCCAAGCUUGUCAAGGCACUCUUCAUCUUCGGCGCGCCCUACUUUCCACCAUCAUCCCGCUUUGAGCCUCUGGCAAGUAUCAUCGGCAAUUACCUGCCACAGCUGGCGUACCAAGCACAACUUGUCUCCGGCGAGAUUGAGGACAGGGUACAAUCUCGCGCCGAGAUCCGCAAAUUCCUGAGCGCCGUCUUUGGGGCACUCAACACCGCGCAACCCAACCGUCUGGCUGGCUUCGACGUCCAUUCAGGCGCCAACCUCGACCUGAUCCUCUCUGGCGCCAUCCCUGCUAACGACGACGGCCUGGUCAGCAGCGUCGAGCUUGACUUCUACGCCUCGGAAUUCUCCCGCAACGGCCUCACCGGCCCCGUGAACUGGUAUCGCAUCCGCGAAGUCAACUGGGCCGACGAAUACGCCUACUUUUUCGACAAUGGUAAAGUUCCCCGACCGUCGAACCUACGCUUCGGUCCGGAGCAUGAGAUUCUCUACGUCCGAGCCACGUGUGAUCCCGCCAUCAGUGACAACAUGGUUGCCCGCAUGGUUCCCAAGGUCGACAAGCUGACGCACCAUGAGAUUGAGGCUGGACAUUGGGUUCUGUGGCAGAAACCAGCGGAGGCCAAUCGUAUUCUUGGGCAGUGGUUGGAAGACAAGGUCUUUAAGGAGGGCCACCUAUCCAGCAAGUUGUAG